AGUCGGAACAUCGGAGGCUGCCCGGGUGACUCGGUUAUAUGUCACAGAAUAACAUUCGAGAAUGGGACAUGGAAUGAGGGGACGGCCGCAGCAGCCGCAACAGCCGCAGCAGCCCCAGCAGCCCCGGUCCCAGGCGCAGCAGCAGCUGCAGCCGCCGCCACCUUCGCCGCCCGCAGAGGCGCCGCAGCUAUGAGGCCGAGCGUCCCGAGGUGUGCGUGAAGCCUUGUGCCAAAAUUCCAGUCGCCUUUCGAGGCACGGCCCGUAAGCGGAGCUCCCGCCGCCGCUCCCCCUUGGCGCGUCCUGCGGCAGCCGGAGGCAUGGAGGAGGCGGGCCCCGCGGGGCGCUGAACCCCUCGCGGCGCCCGCGCGCGCACGCCCCCCGCUGCUGCCGCGCUGCUGCCGCGCGACCCCCAGCCCCGCCCUCCCGGCCCCGGCCCCACCAUGACCGGCUCUGCGGCUGACACUCACCGCUGCCCCCACCCCAAAGGCGCCAAAGGCACCCGGUCCCGGAGCAGCCACGCGCGGCCCGUGAGCCUCGCCACCAGCGGGGGCUCGGAGGAGGAAGACAAAGACGGCGGGGUGCUGUUUCACGUUAACAAGAGCGGCUUUCCCAUCGACAGCCACACCUGGGAGCGCAUGUGGAUGCACGUGGCGAAGGUGCACCCCAAGGGGGGAGAAAUGGUGGGCUCCAUUAGGAAUGCCACCUUCUUGGCAAAGCCGUCCAUACCCCAGGUUCCAAACUACAGGCUGUCGAUGACGAUCCCAGACUGGCUGCAGGCAAUCCAGAACUACAUGAAGACACUACAAUACAAUCAUACAGGGACCCAGUUCUUUGAAAUUAGGAAAAUGAGACCACUGAGUGGGUUAAUGGAAACAGCGAAAGAAAUGACUCGAGAGUCCUUGCCUAUUAAAUGCCUUGAAGCUGUCAUCCUGGGCAUCUACUUAACCAAUGGACAGCCUUCCAUCGAGCGAUUCCCCAUCAGCUUUAAAACCUACUUCUCAGGAAACUACUUUCACCAUGUUGUGCUGGGGAUCUAUUGCAACGGCCGCUAUGGCUCGCUGGGCAUGAGCCGAAGGGCGGAGCUGAUGGACAAGCCGCUGACCUUUCGGACUCUGAGUGACCUUAUCUUUGACUUUGAAGACUCCUACAAGAAAUACCUGCACACAGUCAAGAAGGUCAAGAUUGGGCUGUAUGUCCCCCAUGAACCUCAUAGCUUCCAGCCUAUUGAGUGGAAGCAGCUGGUCCUCAAUGUCUCAAAGAUGUUGAGGGCUGACAUAAGGAAGGAGCUGGAGAAAUAUGCCAGGGACAUGAGGAUGAAGAUCCUGAAACCUGCAAGUGCCCAAUCUCCAACCCAAGUAAGAAGCCGAGGAAAAUCCUUGUCCCCCCGAAGGAGACCGGCAAGCCCCCCGAGACGGCUCGGCAGGCGAGACAAGUCGCCCGCUCUGCCGGAGAAGAAGGCGGCCGACCUCAGCACUCUGAACGAAGUGGGCUACCAAAUCCGAAUUUAGGCAAAGCCAUACCAGCCAGCACGAGGGCUUCUGUGGUGCUUCUCUCUGCACUUUACCCAGCGUCUUCAGGGGGAACUGCAACUAUUUAUUGAGAAUUCGUGAGUUUUAUUUUUAAAGAUUCACUUGGAAACAGAACCUGAGUGGGUGGUGACAAUGUAAACAAAAUUCACGAAGGGGAAACCAAGAAAAGGCUCAAGUCACGCACCCCGCUGGGGCUGGACUGUCUCCCUCGCUCCAGAGAGAAAGGAUAGUACCAUCGGCGUAGUUCUGUAUCUUUCCACUUACCUACAUCCUUUUACUGGCUUUCCACAUCCCCCCUCACCACGAACGUGCUCAUGAAAUCCUCCCCUCCCAUUUGAUGUAGUAACUCAGUCAGUAUUAAUGUUUUCUGCAGCAAUAACAGAGGCAAAGAAUGGUGGGUUUUUUUUUAAGCUGUCAAUAUUACCUCAGCAUCUUGACAUCAGAUAUGCAAACUUACUAGUGUUUUGUUUUUUAUAUUCUAUUUGUAUUGCUUCCCCAGUAUUUCCCAUGGGGAUAGCCACAGAGUUUGGAAUUCUUUCCUGGUGCAUACAUGUGAUGAGAUUUUAGGUAUUAUAUGCAAGUGUUUUGCUAAAAAGCACUGAAAUUCUUCUGGCAAUACGGGAAAUCAUUUUCAGGAGUUCCUUUCUUAAUCUUUCUUAAAGCACCACUGGCAGCGGUUUUUGUUCUUUCAAAACAAAACAAAACAAAACAAAAAAAAGCACGUUCAGAAGCUAGUCUACGUUCUGUCACUCACAUUUAAACUUUGCAGACUCUUGCAAAAAGAAGCGGUCGUGCAGGACUAGAAAAAUUGACCAGUGUGGCGAUCGCCCCUGAUAACAACACAACUCAGAAAGGCAAAGAGGCUGUGAGUGAAGCUGCAGGUCUUGAGAAACAGAGAAUCUUUCUGUUCACAUUUCAUCCAGGCUUUUUAAACUCUGAGCUGGGCUUUGAUUCUGAAGGACUCACUGCUGUUAGAGAUGUGUUCUGAUGUCUUAUAUUAAGACCGAAUUGGGUGUGAUGUGAUGAUUUUCCGGUAUGACUCCGUGGUGUGUAGGAACUGGUAUUGAAGAACACAGUGAACUAGAGGAGCAUGGGGCCUUCUCUGAGUGAUGAAGUCUUCAGGCCGUGUUGCACCUUACAGCGUGACUUGGGCCACGGUGCUCGGGCCACGGCGCUCGGGCCACGGCGCUCGGCGUGACCAUCUGACCCGCACACGGUAGCUCCAGGGGCACUUCUGGCUGCAGACCAUGCAGAAUAACUCUAACAGCAUCCCAGGUCUGUACGUGUUCACUAUCAAGAACACAGCUUCUACUCUGUCUGCUUUAUCUUAGUAACCAUGGCAACUCAUGAGACCAAAAGACAUGGACGUGAAGUCUGCUAGUCCACAAAAGUGUUACUUCAGCCUCAGUCUUCCCCUCUGACUCUCUUUGGCUGGCAGUGAUUUUAGGAAGGGAUAAAAAAAAAUGGGAAUCUGCUCAUUCCGAUUCUGCACCUCUCAGGGUGAGUGACAGAGAGCGAAAAGGACUGCAUCCAUCCUUUGGCCGUGUGACGUGAACUCACUCUACCCUAAAAAUCGGUUAUUACUGGAGAGUACUGGUUUCUUGGGGGGAAAAAGGAAGUCUAAUGUCUUUUACACAGACAGGAACAAGCAAACACACACCUCAAUUAGAAUAAAAUAUACCAUGAGUUAAAAAUCCUGAGGUUAAUCACCUCAAGAACAGUAUUAUCAGUCAGCAGUGUUUACAACGAGUUGUCCCUGUAUAUCUGCACAAGGCAAGCCCAUCUGCAGCCCGGGGCCAUGUGAAUGUACAGCAGUGAAUCCUGUCAUUCUCACGCUGAAAACAGAUCUGUAUCUUCUGUUCAUCAAGCUGAAGCUUUAUUAUACCCAAUAAGAAGACUAUAACAUUGCAGUCCUCCUAAGAGCUUGGAAUGGGGUUUUCCAAGCAUUACUUUAUAUACUGUCCCGACUAAAAUACAGAAAGUCUAUAGUUGCAUAGCCUCUUGUUUCUCACAAAAAGGGGGGGAAAAGAACAGGAGUACAAACUGUUUCCAAUAUGCUGAUGUGUAAGCCUUAAAGCUGCCAACUGGCUUGAUGACUCAAUUAAGGAAGUAAAUUUCUUCCACACCAACUUCUUGAUUUUAGGAGUCACUUCUCCAAAGCAAGCGUUAGUCACAGAACCAUGCAAAUUCACUGAAAAUGUUCUUAGUUGUCAUUCUAUUGUUCAUACUUAUGGAAAGUUAAUUUCUAAAAGAUGUGAGAAAGGAACCAAACUUCUAAAUUCUGGUGCAUUUAAUUUUAAUAUUAAGGCAAAACAAAAAAAAUGAUGAUUUGCCCCCCCCCAAAACUGAUUUUGAAACUGGCUAUAAUUCAAAAGAUCAAAAAUGAAACUGAAAUGGUUUGAAAUAUAGUUGUGAAAAUGUUAUAAUGCAAGAGAAAUUUUAUGCUCAAGCCAUUAUGGCAAUAUAUGCAAAGUUUAAAUGAAUGACAGAAAUCUUGAUUUUAGACUACAUGUGAGUACACUUUAUUUCAAAAAGUGGUAUUUGCUAUUUUCUAUACACUGAAAUCAUGAGCAUUUCACUUUUUCUAAGUCGAUUAUUUCAUAAGGGUUUUAUUAAUAGAUAUUGGUAAAUAGAACUUUGGAAAUCUUAAUUCAGUAUUCUUACUAUACUCAAGGCUUUUGUAAGCUAGUUUUAUGUACAACCUUGUACAGUUUUUUUGACAUACAAUUCAGAAUCUUGUUUAUUCUCUUGGACUUUGUUCUGGCCAAUACAUUUUUUUUAAAUCUUAAAAAAAACUGUGAUUGUUUUAGUGGGUAUUUUUCUAAGUAAAUGAAAACUUGUAUAAUGGUAUUUUAGAGAAUGUCAGAUAGUGCAUGUUUAAAGUUAAUGUUUUUCUCAUCACUUGUAUGUUUGUACAGCAUGGGACUUUAAUAAAACCAACCUGGAGACUUAAGGAUUGUUUUUCUUCUAAAAGUGUAAGACGGUGUGAUUUGUUUUUCUCGUCCGCUUACUAUAUACUUGUCCCAGUAAACUAACUUAUCGUUCUCUCGGCCUUCCACAACCUUCAGACUCCACACUGAACAGCACUCCAUUCUGGCACGUCUUCAUUCGCCUGUAUUCACCCCCAGCCUGAGCGACAAAGGCUGAAAAGGGUAACGGAAUGAUUCCGAAGAGGCAACAAGCCAGCUUACACAGCUUAGUACAUCCACCAAAAAUACUUCAGGCACAGAUGUACCAGUACAAUAAUUUAUUCUAAUAAUUUAAUAGGUAAUUCAUAGGUUCAAAUUGCAGAUGACUUGACAUCUGUUUCCCUGAUCCCUUAAACGCUCUAGAUUCUAACUUAGUUGUUUUAGGAAAGCAAAGGGUUAAAAGCAAACAGUCGCUAAAUUAAAAAACAAAAGCAGAAAAGGACAGAGAGUGCAAACAUGCAUGUUAUCUUGCUAUCAAAAGGAGUGGUCGCACCGAAAUUUCAUCGCCCCACAAUGCUCCUUUCCAUUUAAAACUCGGGCAGCGUGGAACUCGAGGCCGUGGGGGACGUGGCGUCAGCGACUGGCCAGGCGAUAGGCUCUGGGCAGGUGAGUACUAGGCUCUGACAGUCACCAACUCUUCUGACCAAAACAAGGGAAGACAAGUGGACCCUUAAUUUUAGUGCCGAUUUAAAAACCUGUGAAAAAGCUACACUGACCCUUUGGCCUCCAGUCCACAAACUAAUCCUGCAUUCUAUAAACUAAAGAAGAAAGCAAUUUUAUGGAUUAACGCUAUCAAAAUGAAGCACGUGAAAAGGGCCUAAAACACAAUAUAUUAAUCAGGAUAUAAAAAAAUUAAUUUCCACAGGGGUUUUCAGGGAUGUCAGUUUGUCAGUAAUGACCUUUUUAAAAGUUACUUUGUUAAUAAAUUCAUAUAACAAAGCAAUAAUCAAUGAAUUUUCAUUUUUCUUUCCCCAUUACUAAAAGGGGAUAAUUACAUCUAUUAUUGUUAUUUGAUGAUGACCACAUCUACUAAUAGGACAGAUUAUAAUAUUCUGAAAACUGUGACUAGGAAAUGUGAGAAAUCCUAGAACUAUAGUUAGUAGCACAAAUGAAAAAAACCCAAAGUGAGAAAUUAAGCAUUUAAAAGUACAGGGUCUGGCACAAAUAAUGCUCCCUUUUAUGAUUACAAAAUCGUAAGCAUGUAAUUCUGUAACAUAACAACGUCACACUCAAGCACACCAUAUGACAUUUUUGGUGGAAUGUUCAAAUCGUUGCCCACCUCUUGCAAGACAUUCACAUACCUGCCAGCCACACUGAAGCCUUACUUCUGCCGGACCCUGUGUUUGCUUCUCACAAGUUUCACUAAGCUGUUCCUUAUUGCCCACAUGCCUUUCGGGGGAUUCAUCUAUUCCUUUUUCAAAUAAUGGUAGUAAGCACUUUAAUACAAAAAAAACUUUUAAUGUCCAAGACUAUAAAGCAACCAACCACUGCUUUCUAAUUUAAAGUGAAGCAUUCUAUUAAGAAAACCUACUGUAAAAACUUUUAUAAUUCAAUAAAUUCAAUAUAAAAUUAUUUAGUAAAAACAUAAUUUUUCGAUCCCCACGUCUAAAAGAGAAAACUGUCACUUUUUAUGUUUUAAAAAGUUUGAUGUCAACACUCACAGAAAGCCAACUGCAGAAUUAGAUCCGCUCUUAACGGCUUUAUAAAAAACGUCAGCACUAUCUCACACUGCAGCAUCACGAUAAGAGAAACACGUCUUAGAAACAAAACCACUAAAACUGUUAAAAUUACUAAAGAACAUUAGGUCUCCUUGUUGGUAUCGUUCCACUAGACUUUUGCUGGCUUCCUCAAAUUUCUGAGGCAAAACAAAAAUAAUCUUAAGCUGCCACUUUAUUCCAAAGACAUGCUUCCUAACAACAUAUUUCUGCAGCACUGGUUCACUAAUAUAAAAUCUCUCCCUAACCCACGGAUCUUUUCUUGAAAUUGAGGAGGAAAAAGAAGAACACUGCUGGGGAAAUGAAGGCAUAGCCCCAACUUCUGUCUCCUGUAAUGGCUUGUCUGUGAAGAGGGUGGAAGAGUGGGCCUACGUAAGUACCACGUCCCACUGGUGAUGGGGCCGACAUGUCCCCAACAAAAGGCAGAUAUGUUACAUGUCCCAGGAUGGUAACAAGAUGAUCAAACAACCUGCACAAUUUCUUGAAAGCAUGUCAAGACCCCUCA